CGGAGAAGUAUAUAUACAUGCAUGAUUCUCAUGUUCAUCACAACUUCCACCACCAUCACCAUCACUGUACAAUGGCUGCCAAGGUGCUCCUUCUCAUGGCUCUGAUGGCAGCGGCCGCCGCCGACAGACGCCCUCACAGUCACGAGAUCUCCUAUGGGUCGUUUGAGUCUGAUGAGCCCAAGUACGACUUUAAUUACCACGUGAACGACUACUACGGGAACAACUUCGGUCACCAAGAAAACCGUGACGGCGACUAUACUCGCGGUGAAUAUUUCACCCUUCUUCCCGACGGUCGCAAACAGACGGUAAAGUACGUGGUGGACGGCUACUCUGGUUUCCUAGCCGACGUCAGCUACGAGGGCGAGGCGCGCUACGACUCUGGCUCGCACGAGUCCUACAGGCCAAGAUACGACUCUGAACCCCGUGAGUUCUUCAGAAGACGAGACUCAGACUCCCGCGAGUUCAAUAGGCCAAUCCGCAGGUUCGGCUACCGUGGAUCGGAUGAAUACUAGACGCCACGGCACGAAAACAUUACACGGAGAGGAGGUGCAUAUGGUGGUGUUGGCCUGCACCAUGAGGAGGCAGCAGGCAGCAGUCACUCGCCAAGACUCUGAUGGAGGCCGCAUCUUCCUGGUAGGCCGCGAUACUCAUGCCUUGUGUCCUUGCCCUUUGUAUGUGUGUGAGUUCAGUAAUAUG